GCCGAAUGGCACUGUCGUCAGGGUAUGACAUCAUGAAGCAAAUAGCUCUCGUGCUCUGGUGAGAGCAAACAACCUCGCUCUUGACCGCGCCCGUACAAAACCACCCCAGGUCCCUCCUACCCAGCUUCCAUUGACAAACCCACACUCUUGACCCAAUCUCCAGAAACACCAAGAAGCCCAGAACGCACAUCAAAAAGAACCUUAGAAACGUCAAAAUGUCUGGAAACGCCGACCAGCAGCACAAUGACAAGCCCGUGCCCUACGAGGAGGGGAAGGAGAACUCCCACUUGGACAACGACUCCAAGGACGAGCGCAGCAUAGCCAACCGUCUCGCGGCGGCCAAGGACCAGAACGACCCAGAGGACGGCAGCGGCAAGAAGAAGACCGCUGAGCAGAUCGCCGGCGAGCAGGACCCGACCCUGCCCGCCAAGAUGCACGGCAACGAGCCCUCGCGCGGCGCCAAGAUCGACAAGGCCAUCGAGGACGAGGAGGCCGAGAUCCUGCGGCGCAUGGACGAGAGCAAGGAGGCCAAGAAGAAGAACUGAGUGGGCGGUCUUGCGGGAUGGCAGCAGCUCCGAAGUCAGGGUCACGCAAAGUGGUGGUUGAAGAAAAUCCGUAUGGUUCAUCAUGACGUGGAGGCCUCCAGCUUGGUGGCCUUCCUCCUAAGGUCUUAGACAAGCAUUGCCGGAUACACAUGAAGGCUACCAUGACACAAGGCUUGCCGAAUGGCAGCAUUAAUUAUGCAGUGAAUACACCACACUCUUGCCCAUUCCAA